AUGGAGUGGGGCUCUGGUUAUUUUGCUUACACGGAACUAUUUGCUAAAGAAGUAAUCGAUUGUAGUUCACAAUACGGCGAAGAUGGUAGAACAGCCUUUGUAGCUGAAAAUCUUUGUGGACCGCCCACUAUUUAUCCUAAUUUCGAAGAUUCAACUCGUUCUUGUGCAUUCCUUAAUUAUGGAACUCGUUGGGAAUCUUUUCCGGGAUCGCUGGAGCCCAUCUCAGGUGGUCCCAAGACCUAUUCUAGUACCGAUUAUGUUGACAUCUUUUUCGAGCGCCCCCUUAUCGUUGUCAAAUUGAAGAUUUAUGAAACAUUUUUCCCUGGUGCAGUGGUUGCCAUACGUGCUUGCUAUAGAGAUCAACCUGCUGGUAAUCCAGUCAACACUCGUGGAAUGUACUGGGCCACGUUGUGGGAGUUGCCAUCUCAUGAAAAUCUACCAAAUCUUCCCGCUAUCGAUUUCGAUAAAUCAAUUGUCGCUGCUGAUUCUGUCAAAGUCUCGAAAUUGGGAAAAGCGAGAAUUUUUGAACCACUUCUUUAUAAUAUACCCAUUGUAAUGACGGAUAUAAUCAGAAUUGAGUUCAAUGUCCGUCGCUGCGUGUAUCAUACUCAAAUUGAUGCUGUACAAGUAAAGGGUUAUGCCCCAAUAAAUGAACAGGAGGCCAAAGUUCGUAUGAAAAUGGGAGGAAGAGGAGGGUUGGUCUCCAGAAAGGAACUAGAAUGGUAUCUUGCAAUCCUUGAAGAGCGUAAUAUUCAGCAGCGUUUGAAUCAUCUUUCAUCUAAAAAAUGUUCAUCUUACCUAGAUGAAAUUGAUGAAGAUGAUUGCGGAAGGCCUUCUAUGGAAAUCGAUUUAAUUCAAAACUCCACCCUCUGUCCAAUCUCCCUAGCAAUUGAAAGAUUUCCGGCAUCCUUAACUUCAUCAGCUCUAAUGCGACAAACAACGCUUUCAAUUCGUGAUAAUCCCUUUAAGAGUCAAUCAAAUCAAUUUUCGCGUCUUCCAUACCAUAUCCUUUUAGAGAUUUUCAGUUACCUUGAUCUUCCGACUCUUUGUCGAAUAUCAUCGGUUUGUCGAGCCUUUCAUCACCUUGCUGAUGAUACCCUAUCUCGAAUGUCAAAUGUCAAUUUGCAGUCAAUGUGGUUUACCAUCACGGAUGGAAGUCUGGCUGUACUUGCUAGACGUAUUCGACGUCCUCGUAGUCGACAUUCCUCCGAAAGUAAAUUACGUUCCGGUCGAUCAGAAAGAGAUCAAGCUCAAUAUGCUCAAUUUUGUAGUUUUAAUGGAAGAGGAUUGGAGCAUCAUACUACUCUCGUCUCUGGUACAAACACAUCGGAGAGAAUUCGUACCACUUCGAUGAAUGCUGGUGAAGAAGAGACCGGUGGAUUUACAAGCUCUCGAUUAAGGCGCCUGGAUGUUUCUUGGUGUGGAAAUUAUCAUUCUAUAUCUCCCUCCGGUUUUUGUAAAUUCUUAGCUGAUGUUGGACGGAAUUUGGUUACUCUGCGACUAUCCUCUUGUCAAAUGGUUAACGAUGAAUGUCUUUUGCAUGUUAUCAAUACCUGUGGCCAGCUUAAAGAGCUUGAUCUUUCAUCGUGUCGAGCCAUUACUAGUGGAGGGUUUAUCCCACUGGGUCGAUUGAUUGGUCUUCGUUGGUUGAAUCUCUACCGAACACGUGUGGCCGACGCGGCAUUGCACAACUUGGCCAAUCUUUGCCAACAUCUACGCCAUUUGAACUUGGGCUCCUGUGGUGCUAUUGAAGAUGCUGAUACCGUUAUCACACAUAUCAUCACCAAUAACCCGUAA